AUGGCCGCCGGUCCAAGGCCCGCCCCGCCCAUCGAUGCUUCGACGUCCUGGUUGUUGUUGGAAGAAGAAACCACCGAGGCGCGCCUGUUGGUCCUGGUUUCCAAAGUACUUGGCAUUAGCACGGACAAGGUUCUUCCACAUGAGUCGUUUCGGGACCUGGGAGGAAACGAGCAGCUUGCGGUUGCGCUGAGGAAGGCUUGCAUGGCUGCCGGGAUGGACGUAAAGGUCAAGGAUAUCCUACGGUGCUCGACGCUCGCCGAACUGCAGACAUGCAUCACGCCCUGCGCCCCGCAGAACCGACCCUCCGCGACCGACGCCGUCGAGCCCGUCAUGAUCGCACCACUCGAGAUCCACCGAGCGAGUCGCAUGUCCAUCAUGCCCGAACCGAAAGACGGGCAGCUGCCGAAACCGGGCCGGGCGAACAGAACAGACAUUGAACGGGCGCUGGGGACAGAGGCCGAGGUUGGGAGGAUAGUCACGAUACGGCCAAAGGCAGGCCCCCUCGAUGGGAAACUGGUCGCCCUCCUGACGCUUUCGAGCGCCCAGACGACUCCGCGAAACCCGGCAGCGAUCAAUCUCAUACCGCAGUCGCACGCCCUCUUUGCGGGAACCCAGGUGGCCCACCUCAAACGCGCUGCUGAGACCCUUCUUGCCCCCGAAGCCAUACCGGAUGUCUGGAUCGUUUUGGACGGAAUGCCCCUCACCGAGGCUGGUGAUAUCGACCUGCGGCGAUUGCGGACCUGGGCCCAAAACAUGAACGAGAACGUCUACCACCAAGCACUGAGCUUGGAGCACCAGGAGUGUCUGCAAAGCCCGGAGACAGAAAUGGAGAAAUCAAUACAGAGGCUGGUCAGUAAGGUGUUGGAUAUCCCGCAAGGGCAGAUUGGCGUCAACUUCUCCUUCACUCAGCUUGGCGGCGACGAGAUGACGGCUAUGGAAUUGGCUGCUCGGUGCAAGCACGAAUCCAUCUACAUCAACACCUCCGAGGCCCUGGGAUCCAUGACAUUGGCCGAACUCGCCGCUAUUGCGGCAUCUCGGGGCGGCCUGGCACAUAAGUGGGACGAGGAGACAACAGGCUGUUUCGAUCUCUCGCCGAUGCAACAUCUCUAUUUCGACACGGCCAUGGGCGGCGACCUGAAGCGGCGGCCUGUCCUGGACGGUAGCUAUCGCUUUAAUCAGAGUCUGCUGCUGCGGUUGAAGAAGCUCUUCUCCUUUAGUGACAUAUCGGCUGCCGUUGAGGCUGUUGUCGCUCACCACCCCAUGCUCAGAUCCCGCUUUGGCCGGGGUCUAAACGGGUGGGUGCAGAGAAUCCUUCCCGAGGUCGCCGGCUCCUACACCUUGAGCCACAGUGCAGUUCAAUCCGAGCGCGAGCUGGAGAACAUCAUUGAGCGCACACAAAUGUCGAUCAACGUUGAGACCGGGCCCGUAUUUGCGGUGGACUACCUCACCACUAAUGAUGGGCAACAGUUAGUGUACCUCGUUGCCCACCACCUCGCCGUGGACCUCCCUUCAUGGCGGACCAUCAUCCACGACCUCGACGAGCUGCUGGAGCACGGAAGUCUUCUUUCCCAAAGGUCAAUGCCCUUCAACAAGUGGGUAGACCUCCAGAAGGCCGAGGCUCUGGGCCCGGAUCCCGGGUCCCUGCUUCCUUUCGCCCUCCAGCCGGGUGACUACGCAUACUGGGGCCUUCAAGACACUCCGAAUACGUACGGAGACGCAGCCGAGAUCGGUUUCUCGCUGAGCAAUGAGCUCACGACGAUCCUUCAGAGCUCUUGCAAUCAGGUUUUCAAGACCGACUCGGUCGACAUUUACCUGGCUGCGCUCGUACUCUCAUUUGCCCAGACUUUCCAUGAUAGACCCGUGCCCGUUGUCUGGAACCAGGAGCACGGGAGAGACCCGAUGAACCCGGACAUGGACAUUUCAGAAACGGUGGGCUGGUUCACAUCGCUCUGUCCCGUCAGCAUCAAGGCCGAGCCAGCGGACGACUUCAUCAACGUCCUUCGCCAUCUGAAGGAUACGCGGCGGUCUAUUCCCGCACGCGGUGCCCAGUACUUUGCCUCGAGGUUUUACCACUACGACAGGGAGGACUUGGUCGCAAAAGACUGGCCUUUCGAGAUCAUUUUCAGCUAUGCCGGCACCUUGCAGCAUCUCGAGCGGGACAACGGGGUAUUGGAGCAGCUUACUAUUCCCGGCAGCACGUUAGCAUCACCCACCUCAGAUAUCGGACCCAAUGUUGGCCGCAUCGCGCUGUUUGAGAUCAGCGCCAUGGUUGACCAAGGAAGCGCCAAGGUCAAGUUCUUGUACAACCGCUUCUCCAAGGACCAAGCGCGGAUCAAGCAAUGGGUGCAGAACUACGAACACGUCUUGCUCGAGGCCAUCGGCCGGCUGCGAUAUCACCCCCAGGAACUGACCCAGGCAGACGUUCCGCACCUCGACGUGACCUACGAAGGCCUCGACAAGUUCAAUAAAGACCGUGUCGCCACCCUUCAGCUCGCCAGCGUUCGAGACGUCGAGACGAUCUAUCCGGUCACUGCUGUUCAGCAGAGCAUCCUGAUUAGCCAAGCGCAGCGGCCGGAUACGUGUUACUUGCACGCCGUCUACGAGUUUGCGUCCCCCAAUGGCGAUCCCAUUGACAUUUCCAGGAUAUGCACCGCGUGGACACAGGUCACCAUGAGACAUGCGGCAUUGAGAACCGUCUUUACCGAGAGCGUCACCGAAACCGGUCUUUGGGAUAUGGUCAUCCUCCGCAGAACCUCGCCCGAGAUGCUAUUUAUCGACACCGCGCCCGCCGAAGACCCCGUGUACGAGCUGAGCAACCUGCCGAAUCUCCGGCCGACCCCGAGCAAACCACUACACAGACUCACUGUCUGCAAGGCGCCCACGAGGACAUUGGUAAAACUCGAUAUCAGCACGGCGCUUUGUGAUUCUUUGAGCAUCCACCUGCUCCUCCAUGAUUUGCGGCGAGCGUACGCGACAGAACGGGCCAUCAUCGAGCCCGACCAGUUCUCUUACCCACAUUAUCUCUACUUUCUCAAGAUGGUCCGGCAAGAAAGCAGCCUGGCUUUCUGGAGGGAGAAGUUGAAGGGCGUCCCUCCUUGCCUAUUUCCACGGCUUACCGUUCUGCCCGGCGAACUGGGGUUCGUCAACACCGGCGUCGAACUUGACAUCACAUCGUACCAAUUAUCCGGGUUUGCCCGGACUCAUAAAUCCACCGUCGACGCCAUUCUACGGCUCGCAUGGGCCCUCGUUUUGCGAUGCUUCACCGGUUCGAAUCUCGUCUGCUUCGGGUUUCAAACCCUCGGCCGCGACGAUUCGAUACUCGGAAUGCGGCAUGCCGUGGGGUCCUUCUCAAACACGGUGGCUUGCAACUACGAACUAGCGACGUACAGCACGAUCGCCGCGGCAUUGCACAUGGUUGAGGAGCAUCUCGUUACCUGUCUCCCUCACCAGCACUUCACCCUGGCCGAACUCCAACAUGCCAUGGGCAUGAAAGGCGGGGAGCGCCUGUUCAACUCGUGCUUAACCUUCACGGAAGAGCCAGCCGGUCUGAACAGCAAAUUCACCACACGAACCAGCUUCGAGCUGAAGCCCAUCUCGCUGCAGCAGACCUUUGAUGUGGACGUUGUUGUCAACACGCGCUUCACCGCCGGCAAACUAAUUGUCGAUAUUGGACAGCGGGUCAUGUCCCCGGAGCAGUCCGUCAACGUGGCAAACACCUUUGGAAAAGCUAUCCGCGCGAUUCUCUCCUCCCCUAAUACUGCCAUCGGCUUGGUCGACCUCUUCAGCGACAGGGACUAUGCCCAAAUUCUUGCUUGGGAGGCCGAGUCACCUCCCCAAUUUAAGGAGCCGGUACAAUCUGUGGUCCAUGACCUCAUCUCCCGACAGGCCAAAAUGCAACCAUCGUCGCAGGCCAUCUGUUCUUGGGACGGAUCGUUUACGUAUCUCGAGCUCGAAGAGGAGGCAACCAGGCUGGCUCAUCACCUCGUCGAUGUCGGGGUUGGCCCACAUUCUGUCGUUCCCGUCGUGAUGGACAAGUGCAAGCUCGCCCCUGUUGCCAUGAUCGCCGUGCUGAAGUCCGGCGCGGCAUUUGUUCCCGUCGACUCACUGGAACUCGGCAUGAUCCAACCCAUCUUUGAGCGCCUCAACUCUCGAGUGGCCAUUUCCUCAGAGCGUGCCGCCCCUGUCCUUGGAAACCUCUUCGACCGUGUCGUUAUUCUCAUAGACGAACUAAUGAACGUUCUGCCGCGAGGUCAAGGGCCGCUGACCUCCAUGGCCACGCCAGGUGACCCGGCCUGCAUCUUCUUCGUGCCGGCAUCGUCAACCGAGGCCAAGGGAAUCACCUUCAGCCACGCAGCCUUGUCAACUGCCCUAGAAGGGCAGGGCCACGCCGCGAGGAUCUCGCCUCUCAGCCGGGUGAUGCAGCUUUCAUCGUUCAAUGUGGACAUCUGCAUUACUGAGAUCUUCACGACCCUAAGUCACGGCGGCUGUGUCUGCAUUCCUUCCGCGGUAGAGAGGUUGCAAGAUUUCUCUGCCGCCGUCAACAGGAUGCAGGUCAACUGGUCGUACAUGACGCCGCUGCUGUCUAGAAAAGUGGACCCGAUGCUGCUCCCCUCGCUCCAGGUGGUGUGUUUCCGGACCCGAGGGCUUGAUGAGGACACCUACAACAUUUGGCAUGGCAAGGUGAAUGUGAUCUUGGCGUACGGCCCUCAGGAGGUGUGCCCUCUGGGCAUUGCCUUUGUCGAAGCGCUCGGACCCCACCACUUCAAGAGCAUUGGCUGGCCCUUUGCUGGGAACCUGUUGAUUGUGAAUCCAGAGGAUCACAAGAAGCGCGUGCCUGUUGGCGCGGUUGGUGAAUUGGUCGUUGAAGGACCGACCAUAGGGGUCCCGUACCCGAACAGGGAGUCGACCAUGACCCCUCUGUCACCGCUGGGGCCCGCGGCCGAAGGCAAGGCGCGGUAUUUCAAGACUGGCCAUCGGGUAAGGUACACCGAGAGGGGGUUGAUGGAGUUCAUCUCGGGUUCGCGCGACGAUGAUGGCAAGGAUGGCAGGGUUGUCAACCUCACAGAGAUUGAGCAGUACCUGCGCCGUUGCCUCGGACAAGGCAUUGAUGUCGUCGUCGAGAACGUCAUCUUCCGUGGCAAAGCCAAGAACGACACCGUGCUCACCGCCUUCAUCGAGCUCGGUGACCGUCUGGGUAACGAGGAGACUCUCUCGUCGCUGAGCCCAACAACGAAGGAGCAGCUCGCCCUGGCGAAGCAGCUCGUUGAACUCGGGCUCAAGAACAGAUUCCCGCAGUCCAUGAUACCUUCGGCAUUUGUCCCCGUCAAACACCUUCCCAUCACGCCGUCACUCAAGGUCAACCGGCGACGGCUGCUCAAAAUGAUCGCCGGCCUGACUAAGGAGGAUCUGGUUGGGCUUGCUAAGGUGCCGAAUACAGCAAAUUUCCAGCAUCUGAAGCCUUUGCCAUUGACACAGAGCGAGGAGAAGAUGCGGGCUAUAUGGGCGCGAGUGUUGGGCGUCGAGGAGGCCAAGAUCUCAACCUUUGACAGCUUCUUCACUCUCGGCGGAGAUGACAUCGUCGCCGCGCAGUUGGUGGCCGUUUGCCGACAGCAGGGGAUCUCCGUAUCGAUCGCUGACAUCUUGCGAAACGUUACCCUGGCCGAGCUCAGUCAGGCGGUCACCACCGUCGACUCUCCGCACGCCCCACAGGAACAAGGCACCUCUCCCGCUCCGCCAGCGACAACACCGUCGCCCAUACCCUUGCCACCUAACGCGAUCAAGGAAGUCUUCAUCGAGAAAGUCAUUGCUCCGGGUGUUGGAGUCGACGCGAGCGUGAUCGCCGAUGCGGCCGAGGCCUCAUCGGCCCAAAUACGGUACAUCGAGACCGGCAUGCUAGGGGGUCGUACGAACAUCAACUACUUAGUCUUUAAUUUCACCGGGACCGUCGACUCCAAGAAGUUGGAAGAUGCUUGCAAGACCCUGGUGUCUAUACACCCCAUCCUUCGCACCGCCUUCGUGCCGCAUAAUCGCCGAGUAUACCAGGCCGUUAUCAGGUCUAACAGCAUCGAAUUCACCCGGCAACACUGCCAAACACGGCGGCUUGCCAACAUGCUGGACAAGGAGAUCAAGAAGGACCAGAGCACGCCUAUCCGAUUCGAGAAUCCCGUCACUAAGUUCAUAUUCCUCGACGGUGGCAAGCAGUCAAUUCUCAUCCUCCGGCUGUCCAAGGCGCAGUACGACGAUCUCUCGGUUGCCCUAUUGGUCAAGGAUCUCAAGCGACUAUACGAUGGCUCUCAGAAGCCGCCUCGGCGUCCGACGUACUGCGACUUUGUGCGCACCACCCAAGCCGCCAAUUCGCUCGGGGCGGAAGAGUACUGGCGGGCGCUGCUUGAGGGCUCGGCGGUCACGCAGGUCGUCGCUCACCCGCAGCCGUACCCGAUGUCGACAAACGUUCAGACGAUUAGCAACCCUGCGAUCUCGCUGGGAUCGCUCUCUAGCCUCGGCAUCUCCUUUGAAACCGUCCUCAAGGGAGCCUGGGCGAUGGUCCUCGCAAAUCUUUCCGCCUCCUCCGAUGUCGUUUUCGGUGAACUUGUCGACGGCCGCCACAUCAGACUUCCCGACGGGCAUUCGGUUGCCGGCGUUAUGGGGCCGACCGUCAAUGCGACCCCGGUCCGGGUCCAGUUUCCGGACACCCCGCUGACGCCGCUGAACCUUCUCCAGUACAUCCACGCACAGCGCGUGUCUGGCAUUCCUUUCGAGAAUCUCGGCACCCUGACGAUCGUGGAGAAGUGCACGCCAUGGCCCUACUGGACUCGAUUCAGCACACUGGUGCAGCACCAGUACCAAGACACCGCCAUCAACCCUUCCGAGCCGAAAUCGUUCCACCUCGGCUCGGCCUCUUGCAAGUUCACCAUCCACGAGUCCAACGCGCAGGACGUGCCGGAUAUGUUUGUGAGGUCUCUGGUGCGUCCGCCGGAUCGUGUCGAAAUCUCCAUCACGUUCUGCGCCGACCGCAUUCCCGAAAAGUUUGCCGAACACGCGCUCCGCAUGCUCUGCUCAACCGUCAGCCUGCUCACCAGCGUUAGCAUCAUGCAGCCCGUCAUCCCAUGCGGAUAUCAGUACCGGAACAUGAUCAAGCGGAUCCCGCUCCCGCCGAAGGCUGCGCACGCGGAAGAUGUGGAGUUAGCAGAGAGUGUAAUGAACUCUCUGAGCAACGAACAGGUGGAAGCCGUCCAGACAAUCAUUCAGGAUACUUGGACCUCGAUUCUCAACCCUAGAGCACUGGGCGUUCCCGAAUCCCAGAUCCACAAUGCCGCCUUCUUCGAUCUCUGGGGUAGCCUCAUUCCGGCGGCCCAGAUCACGGAGCAGCUCAACACCGAGCUGCCAAAACUUCAGCACCCGGGAGCCGACGCUAGUCUCCAAGUCACCAUGGAGGAGAUUGUCGAGAACCCGACGAUGCUGAAGCAGUUUGAGCUCAUUGCGACCAAGCUUAAGGCCUUGUCCGCCAAAGAGUCCCAGAAGGGCAAGGAGACAGAAAGGGGGGCCUGGACCGCAAAACCCCCGUCUCAUCAAUCCCACAAGAGGAAACCAAGCGGGAGUAUCUCUAUCCCGACGCCCUCCUUCAGCAGCCGCAUCCGCCGUUUUGCCAGCACCGUCGCCCGGACAGCUUCCCCACCAACCAACAACAGCAAUCACAACACAGCCGCCGUGAUUCGACAUCCAGCUCAGUCUCAACCACCGCCAACCCCGACCUCCCCGGUCGCCAUCGGUCUGGCCUCGGCCAUGGUCGCCGAUCUCUCCCCUCUUUCACCCAAGAUCAUCGGCAGCGUCAGCCCCAACAACUCUUCGGGCACCGGCACCCCGCGCACGACGCCGAGCACAAGCAACUCGAGCCCGGGCCUGCAGGUCCCCUCGGUCGCGCCGCAACUUCCCAGCCUCCCAGCGUUCGAGCCCAUCGCCGAAGAGACCGAGUCUCUGGACGGGAUGCACGGCGACAUCUCAUCGGCGGCCCCCCCGGCCGCCGCCUCGCAACCUGUGUUCCGCCAGUCCAAUCCUCCUACCCAACACGGCAUCGGCAUCGUGUUCGGCGAGCCGGAUAGCAUGACCGAGGGCAGCACCGCGAGCAGCGCGAACGCGAGCACCGACGCGACGCUCGCCACGACACUGGUCGGUAAUGGGGGGGGGGUUGCAAACGCGGGGGGGACCAUGGCCGGGGCGCCUCCGGUUCGGAGUGAGAUCAAGAAUGGCGAGAUGGAGUGGGACGGGCAGAAAGAUGGCGACCGGGACACACUGGGCCCAUUGCCGGGCGCGAUCAACGCGGCCUAUCUCGCGAAGGCGCCUGGGAAUAUGCGAGCUGCGCUCCCGAAUACCCCGUUAAUGCGCGGUGCCGCCGGCGGCGGUUCUAUUGGUACUCCUAGUAGUGUAGGCGAGGAGGGUCUGGAGGAUCUGGUCAGUCCGCUGAGUGCGGUCACGCUCACGCCUGCAAGUGCGGGUGGUGCUGGGAGGUAUCAUGCUCAGCAGCAGCAGCAGCAGUAG